AUGGGAACUACGCCAAAGGACCUGGUCCAUCAUAAGAUCAACGAACAGAUCCAAACACUACUACGAUCCACAGAAAUCACUCUUAAAUCGGGGAUGCCAGAAAGGGAACAAGCACUAUUAUGCGAUCCUAGUCUCUCCAAGGUUAGGGAUUUGCUCGCAGACUUUGAGCUUGUCCCCAAACAACUCGAUCCAUUCCUACUGCAACACGUUGAUCUACUCAGCAGAAUAUUCUUGAAAGUGGUGCCGGGCUCGUCAUUGGCAACUCGAUGUUCCAUGUGCUUCUACCAGCUCUGUAUUAUCAGGAAUUACAAGCAUGUCGUGAACUUUUUAUCUGAUGAUAUAUCGCUUGGUAUCCCACUCGUCAAAAGAAUCCAGGAUUCGAGAAUUGGGGAGCACGAAACAUACUUUCUUUUGCUAUGGUUCUCUUCUCUAGUCAUGGUACCUUUGCCCUUGGAAGGCAUUAUGAGUGGACUUCAGAAGUUGUUGCUUGAGGUUGCAAUGAAGAACUUAACGAAAUAUGGAAGUGCUAGCAUGACCCAGAAGAUAAGUGCUGUGUUGCUCUCGAGACUUCUAUUGCGAUCAGACUGCAGUGAAAUGCUUAUCUCUUUCAUAACCUCUUGCUGUGAUUGGUGGCAUGAUCGGAAUUAUAUUGAGAAGCUAGGUCAUCUUAUGGCAAUCAAAUUGAUACUAAAGCAAUCUUCAAACCCGACUGUUGCAAACUACACCCUGGAAAUCUACAACAAAAUUAUUCUAACGGACUUGCUGCUGAUAAAAUACCAAAAGAAAAGCCUGAUACCCAACACAAACACCUUGUACAUAAUGGGCAUCUUAUCUCGAUUAUCACGAUUCUAUCUCCAACAGGCCGACUAUUCAAGUGUAUCUGCCAUUGUCAACAACUAUAUUAAUGACAUUCUACACCCCAUGUCUGGCAGACUUGACAUCUCACUACGAGAAUCUAUGGCGAAGUGUCUCAGCAAAAUCGUUUCCUUCUUGCAAUUCAAGGCUGUCAACUACGCAGAACAACUCACUUGGUACAUAACAAAGCAGCUUCGCAUACCAGAGUUGGAAAGUCAGACUACCACGUACAAUGCAUACCUUACGAUCAACUCUUCCAACUUGUCAGUGGCCAAGUUCCACACUGCACUACUCUUCUACGGAUUCCUUGGCCUUGAUAGAGCCAUCCCCGUUAAUCUAGUGCCAGCACUUCUAUCCGUGGCCCACAGGACGCUCUUCAUAUCCCCGACUCAAUUCUCAAUCAUACAAAACUCCCAAAUCAGAGAUGCAUCGUGCUUUUGUCUAUGGGCGCUUUUUCGCUCGCUUUCUCAGGAUGACUUCCGAGAGCUCAUGUCAAAUACAACUAUGAUCCAUGACAUUUGGGCUGAUAUUCUCAGAGUGCUUAUGUGUGAUGAAGACCCGUUAAUUAGGCGUUGCGCUGUGCCAGUUCUUCAAGAGUUUAUUGGUCGCUUUGGUCCCUUAUUGGCACAAUGUACGAAGGGUAACGAUUCUCGUCGUUUGGUAGAACAGACUGCUUCACUUGUUGAUACAGAGAGGGCUUUGAGUGGGAGUGAAUUUGUUAACCAUGGUUAUCCUGCUCUGCUUUUACUACCGACAAUCACAGAUGUGCUUACUUCUUCCAAUGUCCGCUUUGCAUAUUAUAAUCGCUGCUCCCAACUUCUUUUGGAACUUUUGAGUGCUAGAAGUACUCUCGAUGUUGCCUUUGAAACAUCUAUAACAGAUGUUGAUUAUCAGGGAGCACUUCUUGAAUCUUUUGAAUCUGGAAAUGCUCUCUCACUUCUACCUCUAGGUGGACUUUUGAGAUGCAAUUGGGGAGUUGAUAAGAUCCGGCUUCGUGUUCAGCCUGCUUUGGACCUGGUGUUACUGCAUCACGCUGAGUUUGCUAAUAAGUUAAGCUACUUCUACUGGUACAGCUCAUGCAUUACUAGCCAAAACGAUUAUUGUGACGCAGAGAGUUCAUUUUGGGCGUUAUAUCUUCCUGUGAUAGCCAACGAGACGGCUGCGAAAAGUGAAUUCAAGGAUGUGAUUAUCACAAGUAUGGAGGCUACUAAACUUCUACAAGCGCCCACUGAAAUCAUUGAAGACAUUUGCAAAAGGUUGAAGUUUGGAAACCUUCAAAUUGCUAGUAUGCUUCCUUGGUCUGCUUUCAAUGUAGCUCAAAAAGAGCACAUCCUUCAGAUGAUAUCCGACAAGAACGUUGAUGCAGAGACAAGAGCUGCUUUGAUUGAUAACUGCAGUGAAUUUACUCGCAACAGCAGCUUUAAACUCCCCUGGCUUAUGUUAUUAGACGACUACACACUUACGAACAAGGGUGAUGUUGGUCUGAAGGUCAGAUUAGCAUGUCUCAAAUACCAAAUAGAGAAAGUUGGGUUCGAGGUUGAGGACAUUGGUUACAGAACAAAGCUCGCUCGUCUCGCAGCAGAGUCAAUGGAUAAUGUGCGUAUACUGGCGUAUGCCCUUCUAAAUGGUGAAGAUAUUCUGACCUUGAGAAGUAUCACCUACGAUGAAUACUUCGGCAAGCUAUUUAACGCUUACAUUCACUCUGUUGCUGGUCUUAAAGUUUCCAAAGCGCUAGUGAACCUGGCAUUCAGGCAAUUCCUCGUGUGGUUUGAUAGAGUUCUGAGCCCGACGAAGGAGGAGGCUCUAACAAUUUUACUUCGCCAGCUCAAGCUUCCCAAGCCAUUUCCGCAAUUGGAUCAUCGACAUCAAAAAACGCUUCUAGCCACGCUCAACUUGUUUGUCAAGCUUUUUGAGGCAGCUGUCGAGUUACCACAAUUCAAUCACAGUGCUCUCUUUGUGAGGACAUAUAAUCUCCAACUUAAUGCUCCUGCAACGAGAUCAGCCUUGGCUCUACAAAUAUUCCACCAUUUGAGUGUCAUAUCGUCAGAAGUAACGCAGAAGGCACGCCAAAGAGUGUGCCAGUUAUAUUUUCACGCUUCAAACCCACAGAUCCGUCGCUUGGCAGGAGACAGCUUAUUUGAAAUAAUCAACGACUUGGCUCCCUCAAAAUUGAGCCUUCUCGAGUACACUGAUGGAUAUUACAAACCUACGCAAACCAAUUGCAAGAUAUUAGAGAGCCAGCUCUCGUGUAUUUAA